AUGGAGUUGGAUGAGGAGGUGCAGUCCGCUUUAUUAUUCGCCUCCGCAUCGCCUACGAGAGUGGCUUACCCUUCUUCAGAGAAAGGCGUGGCGAAGUGGUCUUUGACCCACCACGCUUCCCCGAGUAUUGCGGAAGAAGGAACCUCCUCCUCGGCUCCUUUUAUUAAAGCUUCUUCAUCAUCUUCUGGAUUAGUAUUAUCCUCCUCAUCUCCUUUGUUGCUUUUGUCCACCCUACACGAAAACGAACCCAAACAAGGGGAAAGGGAGUCGACAUGGCCGGUUGAGCGCGUGUUGUUCACCGACACAGCCGACGUCGAUAAUGGAGAGAUCCUCAUCGAGCUUAGCUGUGAACGCAGCCUAACGAACGACGAGGAGGAGAAGGAGAAAAAGGAAACGAUGGGAGAAUGGGUGGAGUCCUGUGAAGGAAUCCCAACGGCGGAGCGUUUAGAGCGAAUCGCCAACGGCAAUCUCAUCUUUGGCGUAGAGGAGGUUCGUCGGCGGUAUGCUGGGAGCCUUACCGAGGCGGAGUGUGAAAAUAACGAGCUGCUUUCUUUUCUAGCAUGGUCGGAGCAGCGGGAGGCGCUGAAAAAACGAACGCUUUAUGCGUUCUGGAAUCAUUUGCAACACUCUAAAUCAACUCGCAAUGAGGAGGUGAAGAAUUCUAUGACAGAAUGGACUAUGCCUAAAUCUUUUCCUUCGUUUAACUCAUCCCCGCAUGAGUCUGAGGGUGGUGCGUAUCGCGAUAUUUACCUUCACGCCUACGCCCUACGUGAUUUUUCACUUCCGCUUGCAAGCGCGCAAGGGCAAAAAUGCGGAGCGGUAUCUCACCAUGAAGUCUACUCUAGUGAAUCUCCCCCAGCGGUUUACGUUGCCCCUCCUGCAGGAAAAUCGACCCAAAAUACCACAAAUAACAAUCCAAAUUCAACCCCCAUGCGGUCUUUAACACCGCAAUCUUCACCUGCGUGUUUUAUUGAGUGGAUCUCGCGGCAUAUUGACUUCUACAGUGACUUAGUUUUUCCACCUGGUCUGGCGUUAAUUCCCUCGUGA